UGCCAGUUUGACGGCGUAAGAGUUAACGUCAGUAGGCAGCAAGACGUAAACGAAAAUGGUUGUGUUUUUGUUGUUACGUGAACGUUGAUUUAUUUAUGCAUCGUUUUUUUGCGAUUUUUUUUUUGGUGAUGUGCGUGUUACUCGGUAACAACAAUUGAAAUCAUACAUAAUAAUGAUGAGUGCUAAGUGGCCGGUAUAUUGCAAAUAUUGCUAAAGAUAAUUUAAAUAUACAACUGCAGCAACAACAACAACUGCAGGCAACGUCAACAUCAAAACACAACUGUGCAAAAUAAAAAAAAAAGGAAAAUAAUUGAAAAAGUUAAACAACAAAAGGCAAAUGAAUGUGAGAAGAAUCGUUAACAACAACAAAGUUGCUCAAAUAUGAGCUUUUGAGCAAUAACAACAACAACAACAACAACUUCAACAACAACAACAACUUCGACGACAACAACAGCAGCAGCAACAACAACAACAUGCAACACAGCAACAACAACACAAGUGAAAUUUCUAGGCGAAGGCCUGAGAAAAAGUGCAACAAAAAUUAAAUAUUGAAAAAAAAAUUACAAAAAGAUAAGAAAAAAAAAAUAAAUACAAAAUCCUACAAAAAAAUUAAAGUUACAAAUUCAAUUCGAUAAAUAAUAAUAAUUUUUUUGUUAAUACCCCAGUUGGUCCUGGCAAGAAAUCAAAUCAAUCUUUUAUUGUUUAAUAUAUAUAUCCAGAAAAAAAUAAAAAAAUAUAUAUAUAUAUCUAUAUCUAUGUAUGUAUGUGCUCAUGCAUUUCUGUGUAUGUGAUUAUGUGUGUGUGUGUGUUUAUUUCCCCAAUGUGCAUUCCAUCCAUUAAUCUAAACAUAACUCGAUAAUUCGAUAACAACAACAAUUAACGACAAAUAACUAAUUAAUUGCUAUUUGUUUAUGUGCAAUAAUUGCAAACGAUAACAAAACGACACCAACAACAACAACAACAAACAACAAUCAAUACAAAAUACGACAAAACUAAAACAACAAUCGAUAACACAAAACAAAACCGAUAAUCAAUCCAACAAAAAUGGCGGACAUCAUGCGUCCGCCGUUUAGUGAAAUUAAGCGGCCCGACGAAAUUGUCAGAAUGACAACCGCCGAUAAUUUGAAAUUUGCCGUCCUCAUCGGCCUCAUCGAGGUGGGCCAGGUGACCAAUCGGGAGGUGGUCAACACAGUUCUACACUUGGUGAGUCGCUUACUACUUUUGGCAUUUUCAAUUUUCUGGUUUCUUUCUGGUUUCUUUUUGUGGCUGGUCGGCGGUGAAUUCGAUAUGGAAUUGAAUUUUGUGAUACAGGAUGCGCAGAAUAUUAAACAUAUGCUCGAGCUGCUGGAUCAUUGUCCGCCCAAUUUGCAGGCUGAGAUCUGGAGCGUGUUUAUUGCGAUUCUGCGAAAGAGCGUUCGCAAUCUGCAAGCGUGCACAGACGUUGGACUCAUCGAGCAUGUGCUCGUCCGCCUGCAACGCUCCGAGACCGUUGUGGCAGAUUUGCUCAUCGAGAUGCUGGGCGUAUUGGCGAGCUACAGCAUAACGGUUAAGGAGCUCAAACUGCUCUUUGGCACGAUGAAGGCCAACAAUGGCAAAUGGCCGCGUCAUUCGGCCAAAUUGUUGAAUGUGCUGAGGCAAAUGCCGCAUCGCAAUGGGCCGGAUGUGUUCUUCAGUUUCCCUGGACGCAAGGGAUCGGCAAUGGUUCUGCCACCGCUGGCCAAGUGGCCCUAUGAGAAUGGAUUUACCUUCACCACCUGGUUUCGAUUGGAUCCAAUUAAUUCGGUGAACAUUGAGCGCGAGAAACCGUAUCUCUACUGCUUCAAGACAUCGAAGGGCGUCGGUUACACGGCUCACUUUGUGGGCAACUGUCUCGUUCUCACAUCCAUGAAGGUCAAGGGCAAGGGCUUUCAGCAUUGUGUCAAAUAUGAAUUCCAGCCCCGCAAGUGGUAUAUGAUUGCCAUAGUGUAUAUAUACAAUCGUUGGACGAAGAGCGAAAUCAAGUGCCUCGUGAAUGGACAGCUGGCGUCGUCAACCGAAAUGGCCUGGUUUGUUUCCACAAACGAUCCCUUUGACAAGUGCUACAUUGGCGCCACGCCGGAAUUGGACGAGGAGCGCGUCUUCUGUGGCCAAAUGUCGGCAAUUUAUUUGUUCAGCGAGGCGCUGACAACGCAACAGAUCUGCGCCAUGCAUCGCCUGGGGCCGGGCUACAAGUCGCAAUUCCGCUUCGAUAACGAGUGCUAUCUCAAUCUGCCGGACAAUCACAAGCGGGUGAGUCACUUUCAACUAACAACGAGUUUGGGCGGUGCCGGCAGCCUCGACGUCGCUGCCCCAAUCGGUGGCAGUGGCAGCAACAGCAACAACAAUGCUGCCUCUGGCAAUACAACGGCAUCGCAGCAGACACAGCAGCAACAGCUGCAGCAGCAGCAACAGUUGCAGCUGCAAUUGCAAUUCCAAACACUUGCCGCCGAGCAAGAGGCACGUGCCAUCGAUUGGUCCGAUGAGCGACUCGAUUUGAGUGCCGCAUUCGUCAAAAUACGCGCUGUGCUCAUCGCACGCAAUGCGGUGGCAUUGGCUGCCGUCACGGGAGCAACUGCAGCUGCUGCUGCUGCUGCAACCACAGCGGCGGCAACAGCAGCUGCCAAAGGCGAGGCAACAACAUCAGCAGCGGUAGCAGCAGCAGCUGCCACGCCUACAACGCCCACCGAUCAGCAGGCAGCGAGUGGCAACCACAACAACAACAACAACAACAGCAACACUUCGACGGAUGAUCCGCUUGGCCAUUUGCCAACUGGAAAUGCUUCUUUUGAGCAACUGCGUCGCAUGUCCAGUGUGACCAGCCUGAGUUCCCUGGGCGCCAGCGCCGCCGACACUGAGGAAAUCAACCAGCUAAAAGCUGUGCUGUACGAUGGCAAACUAUCGAAUGCCAUUGUCUUCAUGUACAAUCCAGUGGCAACGGAUGGUCAACUCUGUUUGCAGUCUUCCCCCAAAGGAAAUGUUUCAUAUUUUGUACACACGCCGCACGCACUGAUGCUGCAGGAUGUCAAGGCUGUGGUCACGCAUUCGAUACACUGCACCCUCAACUCGAUUGGCGGCAUUCAGGUGCUGUUUCCGCUCUUCUCACAGCUGGACAUGGCGCACGAGGGCAUCAGCGACAUCAAACGAGAUCCGACGCUCUGCUCGAAGCUGUUGGGAUUCAUCUGUGAGCUGGUGGAGACAUCGCAGACGGUACAACAGCACAUGAUACAGAAUCGUGGCUUUCUGGUGAUAUCCUUUAUGCUGCAGCGAUCGUCACGCGAGCAUCUGACCCUCGAGGUCCUUGGAUCGUUUCUCAAUCUGACCAAAUAUCUGGUCACGUGCCUCUCGGCCAACAGUGAUUUGCUGCUGAAACAGUUGUUCUGUUUCUCAUUUCUCACGUGGCAGCUGCUCGAUCACGUGCUCUUCAAUCCGGCCCUGUGGAUCUAUACGCCAGCCAAUGUCCAGGCCCGUCUCUAUUCCUAUCUGGCCACCGAGUUUCUCAGCGAUACACAGAUCUAUAGCAAUGUGCGACGAGUCAGCACCGUUCUCCAAACGGUUCACACUCUCAAGUAUUACUAUUGGGUCGUCAAUCCACGCGCCAAGAGCGGCAUCAUUCCCAAGGGUCUGGAUGGACCGCGACCGGCUCAGAAGGAUAUUCUGGCCAUACGCGCCUAUAUUCUGCUCUUCCUCAAGCAGCUGAUCAUGAUCGGCAAUGGAGUCAAGGAGGAUGAAUUGCAAAGCAUACUCAACUAUCUGACCACCAUGCAUGAGGACGAGAACCUGCACGAUGUGCUGCAAAUGCUCAUCUCAUUAAUGUCGGAGCACCCGAGCUCCAUGGUACCUGCAUUCGAUGUGAAGCACGGUGUGCGCAGCAUCUUCAAGCUGCUGGCGGCCGAAAGUCAAUUGAUUCGCCUCCAGGCCCUCAAGCUGCUCGGCUUUUUCCUCUCUCGCAGCACACACAAGCGUAAGUACGAUGUCAUGUCGCCGCACAAUUUGUACACACUGCUGGCGGAGCGACUGCUGUUGUAUGAGGAGUCGCUGUCCCUGCCCACAUACAAUGUGCUCUACGAGAUUAUGACGGAGCACAUAUCACAGCAGAUACUCUACACACGUCAUCCGGAGCCCGAGAGUCAUUAUCGCCUCGAGAAUCCAAUGAUACUGAAAGUGGUCGCCACGCUGAUACGACAAUCGAAGCAGACCGAAUCCCUCAUCGAGGUGAAGAAGCUCUUCCUGCAGGACAUGACGCUGCUGUGCAACAGCAAUCGCGAAAAUCGUCGCACCGUCCUCCAGAUGUCCGUGUGGCAAGAGUGGCUCAUUGCCAUGGCCUACAUCCACCCGAAGAACACCGAGGAGCAAAAGAUUAGCGACAUGGUCUACUCGCUGUUCCGCAUGCUGCUACAUCAUGCCAUCAAGCAUGAGUACGGCGGCUGGCGAGUCUGGGUCGACACGUUGGCCAUUGUGCACUCGAAGGUCUCCUACGAGGAGUUCAAGCUGCAGUUUGCCCAAAUGUACGAACACUACGAGCGUCAGCGUACCGACAACAUCACCGAUCCAGCACUGCGUCAGGCACGUCCCAUUAGCACAAUCAGCGGCUGGGAGCGUGAGGAGCUGCAGCAACAGCAAAACGGACCCGUUCCAGCUGUGCAACAGCAACAGCAGCAACAACAGCCACAACAGCAACAGGUGCCGGCUAUUAAGGGCGCUGUAUCGAUAGCCUCGCUGGAGGAUGUGCCGCCCGUUCAGGAGGAGGAGGCCGAGGAACUGGAGCUGGAGAGCAUCGAUGUGGAGCCACAGCAACUGCAACUGCCCAGCGAUGUGACCAGCGAGUCCUGCGAGUCGUGUGCAGCCAACGGGGAGACAACCACAGAGACAACAGCUGUACCUGCGUCAGCUGCUGCUCCCUCGGUCAGUGGAGAGUCGGAGCCGGGUAAUAAGUCGGUGAUUGCAAACAUCUCGGAUGUGUACAACGAGCAAAUCAAAACGGAUGAAGCACUGCAGGCGACACCAGCGAAUGCCAAUUGCAAUGGCAGCCUUAGUCCCAGUCCCGAGGACAAGCCAGAGCAGCCGAUUGGAGGUCAGGCAGCGCUCAAGGAGACGCUGCAGCUGGGCGAUGAUCUCGAGGAGUUGGAGCUGGCCACCGCCAAGGAUGCGCUCGAUGUGGAGCAGCAUGUGGCGAGUGUGCUGCAAGCUUCCGAAGCGGCAUUGAAUGACUGUAAAAUGGUCGUGGAUGAUGUGCUGCAAGAGUCAUCGUCGGUGCUCAAGGACGAGGAGAUCGAGCUGGCCGUCAAUGAAGUGGUCCAGGGUGUCCUCAAGAGCGAGAAGAAGACCGCCCAGGACAAUGUGAGUCUGUUGAACAGCAAGAACCUGCUGAACAACAACAACAAUCCCAGCGAGCAAGAACAGUCACAGCAACAGCAGCAACCGGAAACCGAGGUGAAUGCCAAUGAAGUUGGCAGCGAACAGCAGCCAAGUCUGGGCACUACGACAACAACGACGACAACGACGACGACGACGAAGGAAAUGGAUUCCGAGACAAAGACGGAGACGAAGACGUCGAACACAGCCGCAGCAGCAACCAAUCAAAAGACUGAAGAUGCCGAGGCCAACAAGCUGAACAACAACGAGAAGCUCACGGCCAGCCAGCCAGAGACAACGCCAACUCCCGUUGAGCUGGAGCUGAGCUCAUCGCUGAGCACAACCAUUGAGAGCAGCAGCGAUGAAUUGACAGCCUGCCUAACUCCCGAAAGUCCCGAGGAAGGUUCCAUCGAACCGCAGCCCGAGCUCGAUGAGCAGCCCGAGGAUGUGGUUGCCACAGCAGUGCGUGACAUUGUUGAGCAGCUGAUUGACAAGGUCAUCGAUGCUGCCGAGAAGGAAGCCAAACAGGAUACUACAAGCGAAAACGAGAAAGAGACCGUAAAGGAAACGGAAACCAACAACAACGAGUUGCCACAGAAAGAAGCCGAAACGCAGCCAGAAAAGACAGAAACAACAGAAAAGACAACAGCAGAAACAAAGACAGAAACAGUUGCUGAGACAAAGACAGCAACAGCAACAGAGACAGCGACAGUUGCAGAUACAACUUCAGAGUCCAAGGACAAGUCGGAGUUAGUUGAGGACUUAAAGCAGUCGCCAAAGUCAGAGCUAGAACCAGAACCAGAACAAGAGAGCGUUGCUGAGGCAGCCAAAGAAAUCAUACAAGAAGUCGUUGAGGCGGCUCUGGACUUGGCUCAAUCGCCUGUUGCAGCCACGGCAGAGUCCUCUCCCAUCCCUGAGCCAGCUGAGCAAGCGGCUCAAGUCCCAGCUGAAACUGCGUCCGCUCCAGCUGCAGUUGCAGUCGCCGAGGUGGAGAGCAAGGAGCUUGUGUCGGAGAUAGUGAACGAUGUGCUCGACACGUUGGUCGAUGAAACCAUUCAGGCUGUGGCCGUCGCCUCCGAGCAGACCACACAGACCACGCCCACUCCCGAGGAUCAACCGGAGGUCAUUGAGGUAGCGACAGCAGUAGCUGGAGCAGCUGCUGUGCGGGUUAAGCCCACCGAGGUGGACUCCACCACGCAGACGACACCAAAGAACGAGGCCGAUGCACACAAGGCCCUCGAGGAGCUCCAGGACGUCGAUGAGGACGUUCACGAUGUGCAGGGCACAGUCGAUGACGAGGACUACGCCGUGCAGACGCCACAGGCAACAGCUGCAGCUGUGGCCAACGAGGGAGCCACGCAGCUCGAGGGUAAUCACUACGCUGGUGGUGCUCCAGUUGGUGCUAGCGCCGAGGCUGGCAAACAGCAGCGCUCCAAGUCCGGCUCAACGCGACCUAUGUUCAGUCCGGGUCCCACACGUCCGCCGUUCCGCAUACCGGAAUUCAAGUGGUCCUACAUCCAUCAGCGACUGCUCAGCGAUGUGCUCUUCUCCCUGGAGACGGACAUUCAGGUGUGGCGCAGCCACUCCACCAAGAGUGUCCUUGACUUUGUCAACUCCAGCGAGAAUGCCAUCUUUGUGGUGAACACUGUGCAUCUGAUAUCACAGCUGGCCGACAAUCUAAUCAUUGCUUGCGGUGGUCUAUUACCGCUGCUUGCCAGCGCCACAUCCCCCAACUCGGAACUCGAUGUGCUGGAGCCCACACAGGGCAUGCCCCUUGAGGUGGCCGUCUCGUUUCUCCAGCGACUCGUCAACAUGGCCGAUGUGCUCAUCUUUGCCACCUCGCUGAACUUUGGCGAACUCGAGGCCGAGAAGAACAUGUCCAGCGGCGGCAUCCUGCGCCAAUGCCUGCGUCUCGUCUGCACCUGCGCCGUGCGCAACUGUCUCGAGUGCAAGGAGCGCACUCGCUACAAUGUUGGCGCCCUGGCUCGCGACGUUCCCGGCGCCGCACACCUCCAGGCGCUUAUUCGUGGCGCCCAGGCAUCCCCAAAGAACAUUGUGGAGUCUAUUACCGGUCAAUUAUCUCCCGUCAAGGAUCCUGAGAAGUUGCUGCAGGAUAUGGAUGUCAAUCGAUUGCGCGCCGUCAUCUAUCGCGAUGUGGAGGAAACAAAACAGGCGCAGUUCCUAUCGCUGGCCAUCGUCUACUUCAUAUCGGUGCUGAUGGUAUCGAAAUAUCGCGACAUAUUGGAGCCACCAGCAGAGCCGCAAAUACAGCGUCAAUCACCAGUGCUGCAGCGCAGUUCCGCAAGCGAUGCCGCCAGUGCGCGUCCCUUGUUCCCACAAUGGUCGCAUCACGUCUAUCCGCAAUUUCUGCCCGAAUCGCAUCAGAAUCACGUUGCCGCCGCCUCCAUGCAACAGCAGCAGCAACAGCAGCAACAACAACAGCAGCAACACUACUAUCAGCAGCAACAGCAACAGCAACAACAUCAGCAGCAGCAGCAGCAACAGCAACACAAUCACAGUCAUCAUCAUAUGGCUGCUGCCUACUAUCAGCAUCAGCAUCAGCAACAUGUCAACGCACAGCAGCAGCAACAACAGCAGCAGCAGCAACAACAGCUGGGUGGCAACAUUUCACCACCGCCACCAAUGGGCACACACUCGACAAGUUCGUCGGCCAGCUCGACAGCCACAUCGCAGCCAGCUUCGAGCUCAUCGCUGUCGUCGCUCGCCUCGCAGAGUCAGCAACAGUUGCCGUCAACAGCAACACUACAGCGUCAGCAACAGCUGCACAAGCAUCAACAGCAACAGCAACAGCAACACUAUCAUCCACAUCAGCCGCACUAUGCGCUAAUCAACGGACAUCAGCAACAGCAGCAGCAGCAGCAACAGUUGCACAAUGGCGGCAAGCACAGUCACUAUGAGAAUGGCAGCAACACUGCUGCUGGCUAUCAUCAUCAGCAUCCACAUGCGGGAUACAUGCGCAGCAUGGCACUCAACGGUGAACAGCAGCAGCAGCAGCAGCAGCCACAGAAUGGUCUUGGCCAGGAACAGCAGCAACAUCAUCAUGCUGCUGCUGCUGCUGGUGUUGGUGGCCUGCUUAAUGGUCAUGCCAGCAGCAAUGGCAGCAACAACAAUGGCAACAUCAUUAGCAGCAGCAACAACAGCAACAACAGCAAUGUCAAUGGCAGCAACAACAACAUGCGCAACUUACGCAAUGGACACGCGGCAGCAGCCACAGCGAACGCAACGGCGGCAACACAAGCAGCGGCUGCUGCGGCUGCUGCUGCUGCUGCCGCUGGCGGAGCUGGAGGCGGUGGCGGAGGCGGAAGUGGAGGCGGAGGUUGCCUGGCCAUGAAUAUGGGCAUGGCCAUGGGCGUGGGAUUGCACGAUGGAGGCGCUGCUGUCGCCGCGUAUAAAACGAAUGCCAUCAAUAACAAUUAUCGCUACAAUGGACGCAAUGCUGGCCCCGGAACAGGCGGCCGUCAAAUCCAGGAUAGUGAUUAUGAGAUUAUCGUUGUCGAUGAGAACAAUCCCUCCGUGUUGGCGGACAACGAUUCCCACUCAAGUGGUCCACCCUCUAUUAAGGCUCAUAACAACAACAACAACAACAACAACACUAAGACUACAACAAUAACAACAACAACAACAACUACAACUGCAACAGCGACAACAACUGUAAAAUCAACAACAACAACAACAAGCAAAGAUACUAUCAAAAUUCAACAACAACCAUUGUCACCACCAAAGCCAAUGGUCCCACUCAAGUUGCCAAAGAGCGUCGACUCGGAUGUGGGCUCCUUGAACAUGAACUCAACGGAGAACGAAGUGGUCGAGGUGGAGUCAUCCAGCGACAUUCUCGCCGACGAGCACAAACCGAGCAACUCCAACGACGAGAGCUGGACGGAUGUGAACCUGAACGAAGAUGCCGCUGUGCAAGCGGCCGCAAGUGCCGGACUCGUUGUGGGACUUGUCGAUGGCAGCAAUGCAGCCAACAAACACGAUGUCCAUCAGCAACAUGGCCAGCAACAGCAGCAGCAGCAACAGCAGCAACAGCAACAACAGCAGCAGCAAGGUCCGGGUAUGGGAAUGAUGGGAGGAUCGGAGCGGGGCGAUAAACCCGACUCGGAGAUCUCAGUGGUCCGUGUGCCCGAUGGCUAUGGCGCCGCUGUGUCAGCUGGCAAUGUGAGCGGCGGUGGCGGUGGUAAUAUGCCUGGCAACAAUGCAGCAGGCAAUGGCAGCGGUGCCGUUGGUGUUGGCGUCGCUGGCGGACAACAGCAGCGCAGUCGACCCGACGAGCUGCCAAUGAAGCCGCCAGCUCUCGUUGCCCAGCUGCCGCUGACGACGCCGUCGCGUGAGGCGAGUCUCACCCAAAAGCUGGAGAUUGCCCUCGGUCCCGUCUGUCCGCUGUUGCGUGAAAUCAUGGUCGACUUUGCGCCGUUCCUUUCGAAGACCCUCGUCGGAUCGCAUGGCCAGGAGCUGCUGAUGGAGGGCAAGGGUCUGACGACGUUCAAGAACUCGCACUCGGUGGUCGAGCUGGUGAUGUUGCUGUGCUCCCAGGAGUGGCAGAACAGUCUGCAGAAGCAUGCGGGUCUCGCCUUCAUCGAGCUGAUCAACGAGGGACGUCUGCUCUCGCAUGCGAUGAAGGAUCACAUUGUGCGCGUGGCCAACGAGGCGGAGUUCAUACUGAAUCGCAUGCGGGCCGACGAUGUGCUCAAGCACGCUGACUUUGAGUCACAGUGCGCCCAAACGUUGCUCGAGCGACGCGAGGAGGAGCGCAUGUGCGAUCACCUGAUCACCGCGGCUAGGCGUAGGGAUAAUGUGAUUGCCAGCCGCUUGCUGGAGAAGGUCAGGAAUAUAAUGUGCAAUCGCCAUGGGGCUUGGGGCGAGGCCAAUGGCAGUACUGGAAAUAGUAAUGGCUCGGUAAUGGGUUCGCAGUUGGCUCUACACAAGAGCACCUACUGGAAGCUGGAUGCGUGGGAGGACGAUGCUCGUCGACGCAAGCGCAUGGUGCAGAAUCCCCGCGGAUCUUCGCAUCCCCAGGCCACGUUGAAGGCGGCGCUGGAGAACGGCGGACCCGAGGACGCCAUCCUGCAGACUCGUGAUGAGUUCCACACUCAGAUCGCUGUGUCGCGCGCUCAUCCCUCGUCGCAGCACAACAGCGAGCUGCUCGACGAUGCCGAGCUCCUCAUCGAGGAUCGGGAAUUGGAUCUGGAUCUGACGGGACCCGUCAACAUCAGCACCAAGGCGCGUCUGAUAGCGCCUGGACUUGUGGCGCCGGGCACUGUGUCGAUAACGAGCACCGAGAUGUUCUUUGAGGUCGAUGAGGAUCAUCCGGAGUUCCAUAAGAUCGAUGCCGAGGUGCUGAAGUAUUGCGAUCAUCUGCACGGCAAAUGGUAUUUCUCUGAGGUGCGUGCGAUCUUCUCGCGUCGCUAUCUGCUGCAGAACGUGGCCCUCGAGAUCUUCUUGGCCAGCCGCACCUCGAUACUGUUCGCCUUCCCCGAUCAGCAUACGGUGAAGAAGGUGAUCAAGGCACUGCCUCGCGUCGGCGUCGGCAUCAAGUACGGCAUACCGCAGACGCGUCGCGCCUCGAUGAUGUCCCCUCGGCAGCUGAUGCGCAACUCGAACAUGACCCAGAAGUGGCAGCGUCGCGAAAUCUCCAAUUUCGAGUACUUGAUGUUCCUCAACACGAUCGCCGGUCGCACUUACAACGAUCUGAAUCAGUAUCCCAUCUUCCCCUGGGUGCUGACCAACUACGACUCGAAGGACCUGGACCUCAGUCUGCCGUCGAACUAUCGCGAUCUCUCGAAACCGAUUGGCGCUCUGAAUCCGUCGAGGCGCGCUUACUUCGAGGAACGCUACGAGAGCUGGGACAGCGAUACCAUACCACCAUUCCACUAUGGCACACACUAUUCGACGGCGGCCUUCACCCUCAACUGGUUGGUGCGCGUCGAACCGUUUACGACCAUGUUCCUGGCCCUGCAGGGCGGCAAAUUCGAUUAUCCGGAUCGGCUGUUCUCCUCCGUCUCGCUGAGCUGGAAGAAUUGCCAACGCGACACAUCCGAUGUGAAGGAACUGAUACCCGAAUGGUAUUUCCUGCCCGAGAUGUUCUACAACGCGUCCGGUUAUCGGUUGGGACAUCGCGAGGAUGGCGCUCUCGUUGAUGACAUUGAGCUGCCGCCGUGGGCGAAAAGUCCGGAGGAAUUUGUGCGCAUCAAUCGCAUGGCACUCGAAUCGGAGUUUGUCAGCUGCCAGCUGCAUCAGUGGAUCGAUCUGAUAUUCGGUUACAAGCAGCGCGGUCCCGAAGCCAUUAGGGCCACCAACGUGUUCUAUUACCUCACCUACGAGGGCAGCGUCGAUCUCGACGGUGUCCUGGAUCCGGUGAUGCGUGAAGCGGUCGAGAAUCAAAUCCGUAACUUUGGCCAAACACCCAGCCAACUGUUGAUGGAGCCGCAUCCGCCGCGCAGCUCAGCGAUGCAUCUGUCCCCGAUGAUGUUCAGCGCAAUGCCCGAGGAUCUGUGCCAGAUGCUCAAGUUCUAUCAGAACUCGCCGGUCAUCCACAUCUCGGCGAAUACGUAUCCGCAGCUAUCGCUGCCCUCGGUGGUCACGGUGACGGCGGGACAUCAGUUUGCCGUGAAUCGAUGGAACUGCAAUUAUACCGCAUCCGUCCAGAGCCCGAGCUACGCGGAGUCGCCACAAACGCCGGGCUCCAAUCAACCGCUGACAAUCGAUCCAGUCUUGGCUGUGCAUGGCACCAACAACAAUAGCAAUGCGGUCAGUCGCCGUCAUUUGGGCGAUAACUUUAGCCAGAUGCUGAAAAUACGCUCCAAUUGCUUUGUGACCACCGUCGACAGCCGUUUUCUGAUUGCCUGCGGCUUCUGGGACAACAGUUUCCGUGUGUUUGCCACCGAAACGGCGAAAAUCGUGCAAAUUGUAUUCGGACACUUUGGCGUCGUCACGUGCAUGGCACGCUCCGAGUGCAACAUCACCUCAGACUGUUAUAUUGCCUCCGGUUCGGCUGAUUGCACUGUGCUCCUCUGGCAUUGGAAUGCACGCACCCAGAGCAUUGUCGGCGAGGGCGAUGUGCCGACGCCGCGGGCCACGUUGACGGGUCACGAGCAGGCUGUCACCUCGGUGGUCAUCAGUGCCGAGCUGGGACUCGUUGUCUCUGGCUCAACGAAUGGCCCCGUUUUGAUACACACAACAUUCGGCGACUUGCUGCGCUCACUGGAUCCGCCCGUUGAUUUCCACUCGCCAGAGUUGAUAACAAUGUCUCGUGAGGGCUUCAUAGUCAUCAACUAUGACAAGGGCAAUGUGGCUGCCUACACGGUCAAUGGCAAGAAGCUGCGCCACGAAACGCACAACGAUAAUCUGCAGUGCAUGCUGCUGUCGCGCGAUGGCGAGUAUCUGAUGACAGCUGGCGAUCGCGGCAUUGUCGAAGUGUGGCGUACUUUCAAUCUGGCACCGCUCUACGCCUUCCCCGCCUGCAAUGCGGGCAUACGCUCGCUCUCGCUCACACACGAUCAGAAAUAUUUGCUGGCUGGCUUGUCAACUGGUUCGAUAAUUGUGUUCCACAUUGACUUCAAUCGCUGGCAUCACGAGUAUCAGCAGCGUUACUAGAGAACUCGUCGCUCGCUACUCGCCACUCGCUACUCGCUCGUUCCAUGUCAGUGCAGCAAAAUCAAAAAAAUGUGUGAGAAACAGAAAGAGAGAAAGAGAGUGCAGGCAAGUAAACGAGCAGAAACAAUGUACUUAACUAAAACCGAUGAAAAGUGAAACAGCAGAAAGAAGAAGAAGAUGAAGAAAUCGCGAGAUAAUGAGAACGAGAACGAGAACGAAUGAACGUUCGUUGUUCAAUGUUUGUUUGUUUCUUUAUAUGUUUUAAACUUGUUUUUUUCCUCUUAUCGAUAGACAUUUACAAAUACUAGGCUAAUAAGCGAAAGAAAGAAAACAAAAACCUAACAAAAUAUAUAUAUAUUUUUUUUGUCUAGCAUUACUUAUGAUAAUAGCAUAUUAAUUAGUACUUGUAUGUUUGGUGUGAGCCAGUCAAAAGAAAAACACUUUUUUUUUUACUAGUUAUACGACGUGUAGUAUAUGUAUUAAGUUAUGGAUGAAAUGAGAAAAAAUUAAAGAGAAAAGUUCAUGGAAAUUGAUGUCGAAAGAGAAAAUGAGAAAAUAACACACACACAGAAGCAAUUCCCGCGGCUUAAGUUGAGUAGUUUUAAUGCAACAAAAUAAAUAUUGAAUGAGAAGCGACGAGUUAGUGUUUAUAAAACGCAAUAAGCGCAAUAAACUUAAACUGAACAACAAAAAAUAAUACAAAAAUAAUAACAAUUAUGAUAAUAAAAUAAUACGAGUAUUGCUUAAAAAAUUAUGAUGAUACAGAAAAGGUAUUUCUUAUAAUAACAGAAACAGAAACGUAGCAAAAGUUCUCAUCACAAAUUAUAGAUAAACAACCACAAAACGAAACGAAACGAAUUGAAGUGAAGUGAAGAAAAGAGAAACAAAAUGAAACUAAGCGGCCAAAUGAAAGAGAAAGAGAGAAGAAUAAGAAGAAGAAGAAGCCAAUUUUUAACUAUGCUUGCGUCACAAGCGACAGAUCACAAAAAAACGGAUGGAGAAGAAAGCUUAGCAAAUAAACAAGUAAAAGACACAGACACCCAAAAGAAGAAGAAGAAGAGACAAUGCCAACGCAAUAAAUGUUAAAUCGAAAAAAAGAACAGAGAGAAAAGAGAAGAGAAGCGAAAAAGACAAGCGAACUCGACUCGAGGUGAAAAGUUAGCGACUAGCGCAGAAUACGCGAUAUUUUAAUAUAAAACAAAUAACAAAAAAACAGAAAAACAGAAAAAAACAAUGAAAGCAUUAAAAAGAAAAACUAGUUAAAAAUGCAACUAACUCAAGCUAAAAACAAAAACAAAAACAAAACUAAUUUAUCAUCACUGCUAAAAGCUAAAUUACAAAAUAUUUAAGCAGAGAUAAUACGCAACAAAACAAAAAUAAAUUAAACACAAAUAUGAGAAUAUAAAAAAAAUACCAUAUGCAAGAGUAUAAUGUUAACAAAUAACACGCAUACGCCGCAUAACACAGCACAGCAAAAAACACCCCAAACAAAAACCAUAUUUUUCCAUUUUUUUUUUUUUUGCUACACUUUUUCAAUUGCGUCCAAAAAGAAUGAAAUCGAAAUCAAAACGAGAAGGAAAACGCGAACGAACUGAUUUUUUUUGUUGUUUUUGUGGCUUUGAAUUCGUUGCGUUUGCUUCACGUUUCAGACAAAAAAAAAAAAACCUUGAAACCUUCCUUGAAAACCUUAAACACGUACGUCCAAAACUUAUAUUUAUACAAGCUCAUGGCAUCGAUGUCCCACUAUGCUAUAUAAUGCUUAUGGUGUGUGUCUGUAAGACACACGAACAGAAAGAAAGAGAAAGAAAUAGAGAAAGAGAAAGAAGAGCGCUGCAAUUUGGCAAUUGGAAAUGGAAAUGCAAUUGGUCUUCCUCUGGCUAAGGCAGGCGGCGCAUAUCAUCAAUUGAUUCUUGUUAUUAUUACUAUUAUUUAGUCAAGUGAAUGAUGAACGUAUUAUAUUAUAUUAUUAUAUACAUAUAUAUAUUAUGUAUAAAGACAUAUGCUAUAUACAUAUAUACAAGUAUAUUCCCCCAAAAAGAAAACAAAAAGAAAUCCAUCCAAGUCGCCAUUUGCACUUACUGCUUAGUUUUGUACAUACAACUAGGACACACACACACAUACACACACACUCCUCACACAUACACACACGCAAAGUACUUCAAGUAGAACAUAAACAUUCGGUUGUAACAUUGGCCCCCCCAACAAAAAUUCUGAAGGCCACAAUCAAAGUAAGCCCAUAAAUGAAUAUUAAAAAGAAAAACUUAAAUAACUUUACUGAACAUAAAACUAACCAAAAAAAAAAAAAAACACAAAAGAUAAGAGCACGAAAUUCGCAAUGUUUCUUGUGUUGUGUAGCAGGCAAAAAAAAAAAAGAAAGACAGAAAAUAUUCAAAUGAAAAUCAAACUUCGGCUUGCCGAAGCUGACUAAUUAGCUAUUUUAUCUUAUUCUUAUUCAAAUUUUUUUUAAUUUUUUUUUUUUUUUUGUAUGUGUAGAAAUGUAUUUGACUUAUCAACUGACUAAAUGGCAUCCAUCCAAAAUUUAUGUACUUAAAGUUGAACUUUGAAAUUGCAGCAAAAAAAAUGCAAUGGCGAAAAGGCAAAAAUAAUAUUAAAAUGCAAAACUUAAUCAAUUAUUAUAAUUAAAAUACAAUUAUGCUGCAAUUUAUACUUUGUUUUUAUUACCUAAUUAUGUAUGUAUGUGUACUGUAUGUGUGUGUGUGUGUGUGUGUGUGUGUGUGUGGAUAAUUUAUGUUAAUUUGUUGUCGGCAAAAUUAUAUAAAUAUUUUAUAACCAAAUGACAAAGGAAAACUCGUUUGAUGCUGUCCAACAUAUUUUUCGCUCUUUUUUGUUUGUUGUUCGAUUUGCUUUUUUGCAUUUAUGAUAUAUGUAUAUGCAACUGCAAGAGGCACAUAAUUUCGUAUGUAAAUAAUUUGAAAGCGACGUAAGCUAAUUAAAAUAAAUACAAACGCAAUUAAUAAUAAUUAUUGAAUAAACAUCAUAAUUGAGUUCACAUUUUUUGGGCAAGUUAAUUAAACAAAAAAAAAAGAAGAAAAACCAAAAAAACAAACCGUAAACAAUUUAAUGAUUGAAAAACAAAUACUACUAGUAACUUAAAUGUUGUACAUAAAUCGAGAGCUAGCUUAAAGAUAUGUACUUAAUUUUAAUGAAAUUAUGUUGAUUACACAAGAAGCCUAAACAAAGUAACUAAACAGCCAAAAUACGCAAAAAGCAAAGCGGAAGAUGAAAGAAGACGAAUGGAAAAAAAUGGAAAAUAAAUACAGCAAAGCAGAAUUUACAUAACAGAAAAGCCUAAAAAGAAUACAGAAUAAAAAUAUUAUAAUUAUAUCGAUAUGCAAAAGCAGUAACUAAAUAUAUAUAAAUAUAAAUACAUUUUUUUUUGUAAGAUUAUAAUGUUUAGCUAAUAAACUGACAGCAAAUGGCAUAAAUACACAUAAACGAUUAAAAAGGCGAGCGCCAAACAAUUUUAAAUUUAUGCAGUUUUUAUAGAAGUUAACAAAUGGCAAAAAUACAACAACAACAACAACAAGAAUAAAGAGAUAAAGAGAAUUACGAUAAAUACAGCAAAGCGCAUGGCAUAUUGUAGUAAAUAAUUAUAAAAACAAAAACAAAAACAAAAAAGAAACUUACUUGCAUAAUGUUUUUAUUAAAGAACAACAAAUGGCUGACAAUUUUAAAUUUAUACAAAUGAUGAUGAAAAAGCAAAAAAAAAAAACAAAAAAUAAUUAAAAAUAAAAUAAAAUAA